UGAUUCAGUCCCUACUAAACACUACCUAAACAUGAUAAUUCGUAACACAACAGCGCGGUAAACCAUACAACAGGGAUGUGUUGAAUGGAUACCGUACCCGAACUAAAAAAAACUGGUCUUUCUUUUACCAGCUCGCCUCGACAGCAGCCUCGAAUACCACCCGCGUGUAUAGCCAGGAUGUAUUGAAUGGAUAUCAUACCAGAGCUAACCACAUCAUCGCUUUUAAAGCUGUCCUCGUUCCUGUUCUGGAGUUGCUUGUACCUGCUCUCAUGUGCGCGGCAGCCGGAAAAGUGCCCCGAAUACCAUUCGCGGGUCGUGACCCUUCUCCACGGGAGCGUCUCUAGCAUGGUGGGCCUCGCGCAAUGUGGUGUUUGGUCGCUAAGCAUAUGCCGGCUCACCGCUCCAAUUCUGGCCCAGCACUACGCGCUGAUGGUAUGGUCAUGGGGCUACUUCGCAUUCGACACACUCUGGUGUAUCAUGUACUGGAACCAAGGUCUCCUGAUGCUGGCUCAUCACUUCUGCACCCUAGGGGCCAUUACACUCUACAUGCAUAGAAACGGGACAGGCUGUUCAUUCUCCUGCACAAUGGCGUUUAUGGAAAUAACUAACCCUUCUCUACAAAUUAGAUGGUUCCUCAAAAACGAAGGAUAUGGAAAGACGCCCCUGUUCUACUUAGUAGACAUGUUCUAUUUGUCAUCCUUUUUACUAAUACGGGGAGUUCUCGGACCCUACAUUUUAUACAAAAUAAUGCCAGUAAAGGUUUUUGGCACGGAUCAGAAAAUUCUUGCAAUUUUGUUAUACAUAAUUUCCAUUGGGCUUAUGCGGGAACUUAUUUCAUAUAUAUCAUAUAAAUACACAAAUAGAGCAAUUGUAAGUGUGGCCAAGUUUUUAGAUGAUUAUGGCAUUAUAUUAAAUGACUGUGAUGAGUGUGAUCAGUGAUCACUUGUGAUGACAAAAAUGAUAUCCAUGAAUGAAAAAUAUCCACUGAAAACUAAUAAAGGCUCAUAAUUUUGACUGAAAAGCAUCAUGUUUUUUAAAUCAUGUGUAAAAGUUCAUAUAGAGUUAGGUUCUACACCGUGUUUUUUUUGUUUUCCGUUAAAUUCGACACGUCAUUAGGUUCAUUAUCAGGAACCACCCUGUAUAUCACUUUUAGUUAAAUUCGCAAAAAAAAAUCAUAAA